UUUCUCAAAUCCACGGGUCUGUAAAGCCUCACAUCCUUUGCCUCAACAGCCCUGAAGGAAGGAAGAACUGGCGACAUUCAGAAGACCACAAGUAGAACCUGCUCAUUAGACUUGGAGAAGACAGAGUUAGAGCCGCUUGUGGGGGCUUCUGGGAGUUCAGCAGGGACCAGCCGGAAGGGCCACGGGCCAGCACCACCAUGAUACCACAAGUGGUGACCAGGGAGACUGUUACAGUAAUCAGAUCAAAUGGAACCAUCUUUGACCAACCUCAACCUACCCACCAGAUGGACUACAGCCUGAAGAAAUACAUCCUGGAUGAAAUCAAAGUUAUUGGGGCAAUCCAGAUCCUAUGUGCUAUCAUGGUGUUGAUUUUUGGGAUCCUUUUGGCAUGUGCUCCCUUCUCUCCAGAUUUCACUCCAGUAUUUUCUUCCCUAAUAAAAUCAGGCUAUCCAUUCGUUGGACCCGUGUGUUUUAUCAUCUGUGGAUCUCUGUCUAUCAUCACAGAUAAGAAGUCAACUAAACCUUGGGUUCACAGCAGUCUGGCCCUAAGCAUCGUGAGCACUCUAUUUGGUCUUCUGGGUUUCAUUCUCCUCUCUCUCAAUUUGAGUGUCAUGGAUCCUGCAGUACAUAAGUGUGAGCUGACUAUUCCACCAACUGAGAGUAGUUAUCACUAUUACCAUUGGAGCAGAUAUAAUGAAUGCUACAUGACCAAGAUCAGUUUGGCUGGGGUCCUGGGAUUGAUGCUGGUCUGUACACUGGUGGAGCUGGGUCUGGCUGUCCUGUCUGUUGUGCUGUGGUGGAUACAGUCUAAUUCUGACUUCCCCGGGAGAGUGCAUUUUGUGUCCCAGACUUCAUAUGAUAAACUCAACUUCUCAAACCAGGAGAUAUCUCAAAACACAUACGAGGAACUAUUGAAGAAUUAAGAAUAAAAAAGGAAAAUAUCAAACAGAAAGGUCAUGUAGACUAACCAUCACAAAAGCAAUUCUUGUGUUCUGUAAAAUUUAGGUCAUUUAUAUAGCGAAUAAUAAAAAAGUUUUUGAAU